UGUCACUUCCUGCUUGACGCUGCUAGGAGGAAGAGCUCGAAGAAAGCAACAGAAGGUUAGAAGAAGACAUGGCUGAACUGUCACUGUACCUUACAAAUGUAAACGUGUCUCUGGGACAAGGCAUGGACGCAGAGAAGAGUUCUACAGUGGUGAAGGAGUUUGAAAGUGUUGAACUCGAAGAUCUGGGUAAAAAGAAGGCAAAGAUUCCUCGUAGAACGAUCUACUUUGCAUCUGGUGAAACCAUGGAAGAGUACAGUACAGACGAAGAGGAGGAAGAAGAACCAGAGAAAGCCAGAACUUUAAGUACAGUGGAUACAUCGAAGUUGACCUGGGGUCCAUACGUCUGGUUCCAAAUGUGGAGAGUGGCUACCUCAACCAUAUCAGUUUGUGACUAUCUUGGAGAGAAAAUGGCAUCACUGCUGGGAAUCACGACACCCAAAUAUCAGUAUGCAAUUGAUGAGUACUACAGGAUGAAGAAAGAGGAGGAGGAAGAAGAGGAGGAGAACCGUCUCUCUGAGGAGGCAGAACGUCGUUUUGAGGAGCAGCACAAUCAGGAGGGCCAGCAGCCAAAGACCGAGCAACCAGAAGGAACUGCUUCUUUUGUGAAUGUGACCUUUGAACUGGAGCAGGAAUCACAUGCUAUACCUGAUGCAAAUAAAGUGCCUGCGCCCAUUCCCUCCUAAAAUACUGUUCAGCCGAUUGAGCCUAUUUGAUGGUUUUUACCAUAUUAAACUUAGGCAUGAGGUGUGUUAGGUUCCUUUUUUAGAGGGGAAAGUUUAUCUUACAUGAAGUUGAACAAGAAGGUAACAUGAAUGUAACAUAUGCAUAGCUGACAAUGUUUUCGCUUAGAAUGUAGAACUGUUUUAAUAAUCAUUUUAUACAGCCAUACAUAAAACUAAAGAAUAAAAAUAUUGAAAAAGGUUAUUGCAAAAUCAGAAUCCUGGCUUUUUUCCUCAGGAUUCUGAGUUUAUAUAAUCACAAUUUUGACCUUAUUUGGAAUUCUAAUCUUGCAGUUGUUUUUUUAGUUUUUAGACACUUGACCUGAAUUUUAAGAAAAGAAAAAACUCACAAUUAAAAUAUAUGAACUCGCAAUUUUGAUUUUUUUUUUUUAAUCUGAUUUGUUAGAUUAAAAAGUUAUAAUUACCUUUUAUUUAUUAUUUUUAAUUCUGUGGUUGAGAUAUUCCAUAUAAAACCUAUCUUAGUCUCUACAACAAUUCAUUGUACAUUUUAAUAAUUAUAAACAUCUAAAAGGCCUAAGUGAAACUCUAUAACAACUGCAUGGACUACCAAUAUUUUACAAUGCUGUAGAAUUUGAGUACUUAUAAUAUUAGACAUUUCUAUGUUACUGAUAAUGCUAGGAGUUGUCGAGUAAAUUGUCAGAUGGGAAUAUUCCCUCUUUCAUAAGUCAAGAGCUGAAACAUUCAGAAAGUUAUUUUUCUAACCAAAUAUUCUUUUUAUGUGGACAUAUUAUUUUUAGUGUGUAUGUAAAUGUGCGCUUUACCCAUGAGAAUGGAGUUCAAUUUGUCUACCCCUCUGACACAAAAAAAGGAUUUCAUUUUGAAUAGUGUAUAAUUUAUUUGUGUACAAUAAUUUUGUAUUAUGUUGGUGAAAACACACAUACCGUUCUAUAAUGUCGGUGAAAAAAUACAGUUUGUUUUGGAUAUAAUAUUACUUAAUAAACAAUUCAACACAGACCUGAA